UACUGCAAUUAAAGAAAAGGUGAAUAAAAGCCCCCAUUCGAGAACGUUCUGCAACUCUUUGAUUGAUUGAUUGGAGAUUAUGAAGCCAACAGCCAUGGAUUUAUUCGGAGACAUGGAUGAUCAACCCUCGACAAUGGCUAUGGACGUUGAUGACGCCGACGCACUUGAAAUUCUAGGCGACAGUGUCAUCGCUGAGAACAAGCUCACCGACGCCGACUUCUUCAACUCCUUCGAAGACGACUUCGAUGAUUCCGAUAUCAAUUGAUGAAUUUAGCUUUCUAGGGUUGGUUUCCUUUGCUCUAAAGGAGAAGACUUUAUUAUGGUUAGUUUUUAUUUGAGAUAAAUCAAAUCACACAAUUUCAAACUUCUUUUGCUGUAUUACUAUUUGGUAUCAAUUUCAAAUGGUAAAAAAUGGGUUUGAAAA